CAACUUCACAUUACCCAAACUAACUUAUUUUGACUUGUCUUCUUGUAACUUGAGUGAAUUCCCCAAUUUCUUAAGACAUUCAGAUGGUCUGCAAAGCCUAAUGCUAUCAAAGAAUAGCAUUCAUGGCAAUAUUCCUAAAUGGAUAUGGGAAAAGGCUGAUCUCGAAGUUCUUGACCUUUCUCAUAACAAUUUAGUGGGGAAAAUCCCAAAUUGUCUUCCUAAGUCUCUCUCAGUGCUGAAUUUGCAGGGCAAUAACUUUGAUGGAAAUAUACCAUUUUGGUUUACAGAGAGCUGUGAAUUAGAAAAUCUCAACUUGCAUGGAAAUCAAAUGGACGGGCUAUUACCAAGGUCUUUGGUGAAUUGUAGCUGGUUAGAGGUUCUAGACAUUGGCAACAACAACAUAAAUGAUACAUUCCCUCAUUGGUUGGAAUCUCUACCACAGCUUCAAGUGCUUGUCUUAAGGUCCAACAAGUUCCACGGUUUCGUGGAUAGCACCAACGAAGGUCCAUCUUUUCCCAACUUGCGAAUUCUGGACCUCUCCAACAAUUAUUUUGUUGGUGCUUUGCCUAUUCGGUACAUUGAAAAUUUUAAUGCAAUGAUGGACACUCAUAGUGAUGACAGUUCUCCUGAAUACAUGACGAUGAGCAAUGGUUCUUAUCAAUAUUCACUGGUGGUGAUAAUCAAAGGAUUGGAGUAUGAGCUGCAGAGAAUCUUGACCAUAUUCACUAGCAUUGAUCUCUCAGAAAACAAGUUCGAAGGAGAAAUUCCAGAUGUUAUUGGAAAGCUUAGUUCUCUCAAAGGGCUUAAUCUUUCUCAUAACAACCUUACAGGUCCUAUCUCACAGUCGCUAGGGAAUUUGACAAACCUCGAGUGGUUGGAUCUCUCUUUCAACGAGCUGGUAGGGGAAAUUCCGGAUGAGUUGGUAUCUUUGACAGAACUUUCCAAAUUGAAUCUUUCAAAUAAUCAUCUUGUUGGACGCAUACCACAAGGCUAUCAGUUCAACACCUUUGGAAAUGAUUCUUAUGAAGGAAACCUUGGACUGUGUGGAUUCCCAUUGUCAAAAUCUUGUGAUGGAAAUGGGACACAGCCGAGCUCAUUCCAAGAGAAAGAUGAGUUGUGGAGAUUUGGCUGGAGAGUUGUGGCGUUAGGCUAUGGGUGUGGAGUUGUUUUUGGACUGCUGAUGGGAUAUCAUGUCUUCCGUACAGGAAAACCAAACUGGUUUGUGUCUUUGUUUGAUGGCCGACUAAGUCAAAGUGGAAGGAAGAUGAGGAAAGCCAGAAGAGUUGUUCCAAGAAGAAGCUAGUUGCAGGGUUGAUGUUUUAGACCUUUUGAUUAAUGUUUAAUGAAAAAGUACUCCUUCGGUUUGAAGCUCUUGUUUUAUUGUAAAAUUACAUGUCUGUAUAAAUAAAUAAAUAUAUGUCGUUUUGCGCAAAGCCAUAAGUUGUCCGGGCCCAGCCCUACGUUGGUCGAGAUUCCCUACGGCCACCGUCCGUUGCACGCAAUUUGUAAAUCACCUCCAUCGCUCCGCUGCCUUUUUCUGUCUCUUCCUUAACAGCCUUUUUCUCGAUUCCUUCCUUGGUUCUCUCUCUUUUUUUCUAGUAGAAAAAUAAUUGAGGAGCGAAAGCUUUUGGGAAUUUUGCAGCCAAAUUGUUUAGUAUUUUGCUCGUGAUAUAGUUUUGUAUUCCUCAGCAUUUGCAACCCUUUACACCUGUGCUGAAGUAUUUAGAAUCAGGAAAUGGUUAAAAGGUAUGGAGCGUUUUGAUGUGCAGGAAAUAUCAUGUUGCAGUGCAUAGAGGGAAUCAAUCGUUUAUUUGCUUCCCUACUGCGUUGCUGUGAUAUUGGUUUGUAUAAACAAUCAAGAGGCCUUGAAGAUCCUGAACUUCUUGCUAGAGAGACCGUGUGUAUGUCUCAGUUCAUUUUUUUUAACUUGUGCUUUUUCUUCCCUUUUUUUGGUAGUGGAAUAAAACAUUUGCAGUUAAUUUUUAUAUAGAAGACACAUCUUGGUUCUGUUAUGGGGUCUAUUGAAUCAUUCUUCUGAACAUUGUUAAUUUACUGAUACGGAUGCAGUCACUGUUAGUGAAAUAGAGGCACUUGAUGAGCUCUUCAAGAAGAUCAGCAGUGCUGUCAUUGAUGACGGGUUGAUUAAUAAGGAGAAAUUUCAGUUGGCAUUAUUCAAGACGAACAAAAAAGAGAGCCUGUUUGCUGAUCGGGUACUCUUUAUCUCUCUCAACUUCUUGUUUCUGUCUUUUGUUAAAUGUGCUUCACUGUACUGUUGUUGCACGUAUCACUAGCACUUUGACCCGUCUAUUGAUAAAUAAUCACCACCCUG